AUGGCAUUAACAUUGACUUUGCUUGAUGCAUUGGUAAACAAUUGUGGAAAAAUAUUUCAUGUACAUGUAGCAAAUGAAGAAUUUCUAAAAGUACUCAAAAGUGUCAUCGCACCAAAGAAUAAUCCACCAAUGCCGAUUGAAGAACAAAUACUUAGCAUGAUUCAACAUUGGGCAUUAGUUUUUCGUCAUGAUUCUGAUUUACAGAUUAUUCAAGAACUUUAUGAAGAAUGUAAACGACAAGGUUAUACAUUUCCACCAGUCGAUAAAAAUCUUAGUGUCAAAACAAUGCUACCUAGCAAAGUUGAAUCUACUCGUCCUAUUUCAGCUCUACCAAUAGCAUCCCAAUCAGCACCCAGAACGAUGACUAGACCGAAAACUUCAUCUGUAUCGAAUCGACACAAUCAAUCAACUUAUUCUAAUCCAUAUUUGAACAGUAGCGAUACGACAGUACUUAUUCGACAUUUAUCCGAUGAACAGAUUGGCAAACUUCGAAGUGAACUCGACAUUGUUCAUAUAAACGUCGAAGUACUUGAUGAAAUGCUUGCUACAUUGGAGCCUGGCAAUGAACAUCAACAAGAUUGGCAACUGUUAAUCGAUCUACACAGAACCUGUAAAAUGAUGCAAGCACGAAUUGUUGGUCUUCUAUCGGUGACGGCAAUCGAGGAUAUUGCUGGUAGAGAAAAUGAAUGA